AGAACGCCCAUUUUGCCUGCGUUGUCUGCCUCGGUGUGCUGCUGACAUAUCAACACAAGAGAAAGAAACGCAAUGGACGGUGAUGUUGCAGUUGGUGUGAAGAGAGGCUCAGACGAGCUCAACAUGUACAGUAGCAGCCCCAGCUCAAUGACCGCAAACGGUAGUGAAAGUAAGAAACAGCGACUCGAUGAGCUGCCUCCCUCCAGAGUCCUGCACAUCAGAAAACUUCCCAAUGAAGUGACAGAGACUGAAGUCAUCGCUCUGGGGCUGCCCUUUGGAAAGGUCACUAAUAUACUGAUGUUGAAAGGGAAGAACCAGGCGUUUUUAGAGCUGGGUACAGAGGAAGCAGCCAUCACUAUGGUGAACUACUACACAGCUGUCACACCACAGAUCAGAAAUUCUCCUGUCUUCAUCCAGUACUCUAAUCACAAAGAACUGAAAACAGACUCUGCUCUGAACCAGAGAGCCCAGGCGGUGCUACAAGCAGUAUCAGCAGUCCAGGGCGGGAGCUCUCCCGCCUCUGACCAGGGCGUGUUAGAGCUUGCUCCACCUCCCAGUCCUGUCCUGCGAAUUAUUAUUGACAACAUGUUUUAUCCUGUAACACUGGAUGUUUUACAACAGAUUUUUAGUAAGUUUGGGACUGUGAUGAAGAUCAUAACCUUCACUAAGAACAACCAGUUUCAGGCUCUCCUGCAGUUCAGUGACCCCGUCAACGCUCAGCAAGCUAAACUGUCUUUGGAUGGACAGAACAUCUAUAAUUCCUGCUGCACUCUGCGGAUCGACUUCAGUAAACUGGUCAACCUCAAUGUCAAAUACAACAACGAUAAGAGUCGCGAUUACACCAGACCUGACCUCCCUACAGGAGACGGAGAGUCAACCAACAAGGAUCACUCUUUACUGGGUACCCCGUCUGGAGCUCUAGCUUCCUACUCUAGUGGCGGAGGUUACUCAUCUCUCUCCCUCUCGCAGGGUGGAGGAGCCAUCAGUCCUCUGAGCGCUGCGGCGGCGGCGGCAGCAGCCGCAGGUCGAGUUGCUCUGUCCGGGUCCGGCGUGUCGGGGGUCCUCUUGGCGUCCAACCUAAAUGAAGAGAUGGUCACGCCUCAAAGUCUCUUUACCCUCUUCGGAGUGUACGGUGAUGUCCAGAGGGUGAAGAUCCUCUACAACAAAAAAGACAGUGCUUUGAUCCAACUGUCUGACGGCAACCAGGCUCAGCUCGCCAUGAGUCACCUGAACGGCCAGAAGGUGUUUGGCAAAGUGAUGAGAGUGACUCUGUCCAAACAUCAAACUGUGGCUUUGCCAAGAGAAGGGCUGGAUGAUCAACUGCUAACCAAAGAUUUCUCUGGCUCUCCACUCCACCGCUUCAAGAAACCAGGAUCCAAAAACUUUCAGAACAUCUUUCCUCCUUCUGCAACACUUCACCUCUCCAACAUCCGGGAUGGAGUUGGAGAGGACGACCUCCGUCUUCUGUUCUCCAACAGCGGAGGAACCGUCAAGGCCUUCAAGUUUUUCCAGGACCGUAAGAUGGCGUUGAUCCAGAUGACGUCAGUGGAGGAGGCGAUCCAGGCUCUGAUGGACCUUCACAACUACGACAUGGGAGGAAAUCAUCAUCUUAAAGUUUCCUUUUCCAAGUCCACUAUCUAACCCUCGCAGCUCCUGCUCAUGAAAUCUUUGUCAAAACAACAACAACAACAAAACUACCAUCUCUUGAACAUUUCUGUGAAUAGUCUUCAGUUGAAGUAUUUUUUAAAAUGCUAAAUCCACUAAUGUCCUUUUUGAAUGAAUAAAAGUGGUCGGCUUCGUAAAAGCGUUUGAGCUUUGACCUUUGACCUUUAUGUUUUGAAAAGCGUCUCGGCAGCAGCUCCACGGCGGCGUCGCAGCAGCCCAGACUUGUACUUUAAAUUUGUUCCACUGCUUUGUGCAAACGUUGGUUUCUGAUAUCGUGUCGCUCCUCAGAUCAGCCGCUCGCUUCUCGCUGGAUCUUUCUUGAGGUUUGUUAUUUUUCUACAUCGUGAUGCUUCGUGAACAAACGAGACGUUAUUUUGUGCUCCAAGCAAAAAGUUCAGUCACCUUUUAUUUGAUUUUUUCACCUCUUAAGAUUUUUAGAUGUUCGGUGACGUGUAAAGAAGUCCAGUGGCAUGCAAAGGUUUGGGCGCUAAUUUGAUAAGAAAAAGAGAAAUGAUUGAACAGGUUGUUUGUGUUUUCUUAUUUUAAUCUCCAUUUUUAUAACAUUG